AUGGUUCGCCAUCCAGCACAGUCACUCUUUCUUGGCACCUUUCCAAUGGGUCUUGCGACUAUCAUCAAUAUGAUUGUCUUCGUUUGCGUCCCCGCAUGGGGAACCUGGGCCAUCUACCUCGCUUGGGCAUUGUGGUGGGUGGACGCUGUGAUGGCCGUCUUCACCUGUUUCUAUCUCCCAUUCGUGAUUAUGUACUUCCACAAAACCGAGCUUUCUACAAUGACAGCGGCUUGGCUGUUACCGAUUGUCGCAACAAUCGUCGCGGCAGCUUCCGGAGGUGUUGUCGCUGAAGUCUUGCCUAACCCUAAUCACGCUCUGUGGACCGUUAUAGUAUCUUAUAUCCUCUGGGGCACCGGUAUCCCUCUCGCCAUGGUCGUCUUAGUAAUAUAUUUCCAACGCCUCACCGUACACAAGCUACCUGCACGUGAGGUCAUCGUUUCCGUAUUUCUGCCGCUGGGUCCGCUGGGCCAAGGCGGCUUUGGCAUUAUGCAGUUGGGGAAAGUGGCUCUUCGCGUCUUUCCAGAGACCCACACACUUGACAUGGCUGCCGGAAAUGCCGGAGAAAUUUUGUAUGUUGUGGGCUGGUUGAUAGCGCUCAUCAUGUGGGGCUUUGCCAUCGUCUGGCUUUUCUUUGCCCUCGCCAGCAUCAGCCGCAGCAAGUUUCCGUUCAAUAUGGGCUGGUGGGGCUUUACUUUCCCGCUCGGUGUAUUCACCGUUUCAACGACGACACUAGGGAAAGAGAUACCGUCGAUGUUCUUCGAGGUGCUUGGUACAAUCUUCUCCAUCUUCGUGACGCUGCUCUGGAUCAUGGUCGCUUGUGAAACUGUGCGCAAGCUCGCUAUGGGAAAGCUUCUGUUCGCCCCAUGUCUGAAAGAUCUAGAAGGCAUCCAGCAGGCGCAAGCGAGAAAGCACUUCGGAGAAAAGGCUGUGUGA